GGAAGGUGGUGGCAGGAAUAGAACAGGCUGGGAAGAGCUGCUUGCUGAUUUUCAACUUGAGUGUUGAAGUGACUUUUGUUUACUGGAUUGUUCUUUGCAGCGUAUUGGUGUGGCACUGUCAGAAUUGUAUCAGUGGUGUUGUAAGAUGUAUACACUCAGUGGAUCAAACAAACACUGCCAGCUGUUCUUUUGGCUUUUGACCAUCGUGUGGUAGAUGUUCUGAUACCACCAGUAGGACAGGACAGCCUGUAGGGAGGACCUCCUAUGUGACUGGAAGACUGCAAAUACGAAGUGAUGAAUGAUGGGCAGUCUUAGAAGAUUCUGGAGGACCCAUUAGACAGGACAGGACCAAUGGACCGUUUGUAUCGAGAAUGUCAAGAAACGAGACGUGAUAAAAUGAUGAUCAGCAUCAGAAGAAUUGCCCACAGUACAACUCCGGUGGAUUGCGGACAGGAUCAGAGGAUUGUCCUUAUCGACUGUGUCGAGAAACAAGAAACGUUGAAUGAUCAGCCUCAAAAGAUCACUGCCACUCUUCAGACUUUUGGUCAAGAAGACACUGGGGUUAUCAGUAAGUCUACCACUAAAAGUCAAAGGACAAACAGCUGGCAGUGUUUGUUUGAUCCACUGAGUAUACAUUUUACAGCAUCAUUGACACCCUAAUGGCAACUCAGCACCAAGAAGGUGCAAGGAACAAGACAGUAUGCAAAAUUCACUUCAACACUCGAGCUUAAAAUCAGUAGGCAGCUCUUCCCACCCAAUUCUGCUUCCACCAUCCCCUCCCUUUUGUAAAGAUAGGUUGAUAGGAAGUUAGGUAGAUACGCUAGCUUCAGAGUAGGAUUUUGUAGAUAGUAUUGCCAUGGCCAUGGCGGGAGGCA